AUGGAAGUGGAGAACACAACAGUGCCAAUUAAAUCGGUCGAAGGGGAAGAUGACGAGACGAAGAUGUCUGUUGGUAUGAAAAUUGACAAACUGUUUGUUCAGCUAGAAAAGGAAUUCAACGAACAAAACAUCGAAGAGACUGAGCGCUUGCUCGAAGAGACUAAAGUGAUGAUAGAAAAGGGUGGAGACUGGGAUAGGCGUAACCGACGCCGUGUAUAUGAAGGUUUAUAUUUAAUCACUUUCAAACGGGACUUUGUUAAAGCAUCUUCAUUACUCGUCGAAUCUAUUGGGACGUUUGCAGUGAGUUCUUUGAUCUCAUUUGAGCGGUUUGUCUUCAUAGCGUCGAUCUCUGGGAUCUUAUGUUUCGACAGAAACAAGAUGAAAAAGUCCAUAUUAGAUAAUCCAGACGUCAUUUCAGCGUCAGUUCAAUACCCCUGUCUUCUGAAUAUGGGCAACGCUCUUUAUAAAAGCGAUUACGCAACAUUCAUUAGCGAACUUAAAAACACGGUUGUCCUCAUGAUGAACGAACCCAUCUUAGCAAAAUCAGCCGAUUGGUUCUGCAAAGAAAUGCGUAUCAAAGCGUACGUCCAAAUCAUGCGCUCGUACUUAGCUGUGAGGCUCGAUGUCUUUGCUCAAGAAUUUGGGCUUCCGGUCGACUUCAUAGAGAAGGAGUUAGAGCGAUUCAUAUCGCAAGGGAGACUUCCUGCUCAAAUUGAUAAGGUCAAUGGGAUUGUCAUGAACGCACACAAAGACAAACGAAAUGAGUUUUAUGUGACUCUAGUCAAAAACGGUGAUACUGUAGUCGAGAAGUUGCAACGUCUUGAGAGGAAAAUGGAGUAA